AGGUCUCAUAUUCAGAUGAGAAACCCUUGUCGAGGCAACCAAACACACUAUAUUCAAUUAAUUUUACUGCAAAAAAUAUUGCCAACAAUUUUUGCCUCGAGUUGUGAUAUGAGUUUAAUGUUUCCAUUGCCACGAUGAAUAAUUUACACUGCAAGCCAAAGCUCGUGGGUCCGGACGGACUCAUUGUGAGGAAACGCUUCAAACUCCAUCCGGUUGUGAUUUCUGCGAAACGCUAUGAGGCGAUCAAAGGACGAUCGCGGCAGGACGAGAAGCAUGCCCAGCUGGCGGCCGUGGAGGAGGAACGAAGGUACAGACAGUACCUCAAAGAUGGUAACGAUGCUCUGGUCAGUCUGUUCACCUAUCCCAAUGAAAUUGGGAAGGAAAAGAAAGUGGUGCCUAAGAAGGGCGAGGCCAAGAUAGUGACCACCAAGCUGGCGGACGAGCGCAUCCGUAAGGAGCGCAUCAUGCGGGCCAACAAGCUCUUGAACAAUUUAAAGCCGGGACCACGGGCCCUCCAGAAGGCAUUGCUGCUUAGUGAGAUGAUCCACCAGCGCCAAUUCAAUGAGGCUCUGAACGCAGAGAUAGCGGAGGAUGCUCGCCGGCAGGAGGAGGCCGACGAAGCCUUGUGUCCACCCAUUUUAGUGCCUUUCGGUUAUGCCACCGAGGAGGAGGAGAAGGCGCGCGAAGAAGCCAAGAACGCGGCCCAUGCCCAGGCCAUGCGUGAGGACAUCGCACGGCGAGAGAAGCUCCGGGAGGCGGAACGCGAUCAAAGGGUCUUCGAGGAGCAGGUGGACCGGGCGCAGUACAAGUGCCUGCAGGACAAGGAAGAGAAGGCGGCAAGGGAGAAGAAAGCCAGGAAGAUCGCCUUCUAUCGCAAAGCUCUCAAGGAUGCCGUCGAAGAGAAGGCAGAGAUUGCAGAACAUGAGCGCAUCUGCGAUGCCAUUGACGAUCGUCGCAAUUGUGUCUACAUUGUGGCCAAUCGCCACUUGGAAUCACGUUACGGCACUCAUGUCAAGCAAAUACGCCAAAAGACGAUGGACGAUCGGGCGAAGCUGGCAGUCCGGGUCAGUGCGGAGCAAGAAGUUGCCAAGAAGGAGCUUCAGGAGCGAAUGGCACGCUUGGAGGAUCAUUAUGCCUUCGAGGUGGAGGUCGACGAGAAUCGACGCCAAUGCGAACGCCAGGUUUUGGCCUCGCAACGGCGGGCUUACCAAAAAGUGGAGAAGGAACAGAAUGUCGAGAAGAUGCGUCGCGAGGCGGAACUGCAACGCUUCGAUAUAGCUAAGCGCCUCAAGAACAUGGAAGCUAAUCGCCUCUUCAAUGCCUCACAGAAAAUUAAGCGCGAGAGGGCCAAGAAGCAGCUAAAGGACGUGCUGUUUGGACAAAGAGACGAGUUCCUGGCACGGCGUCGCGAGGAAAUGAUGAAUCUGACCGCCUGUAACGAGGAUCCGUAUCUGGAGGACGACAAGCUGUUCUACGAACAGGCCGUCGAGGCCAUGGAGUCCUCCCGCAAGGUGGGCCGUCCUCUCUACCCAUUGGCCGAAGCCGUGGAGAGUUACGAGAGGGAGAAUCUGCUGGACAUGAAGCCGGAGGGCAGGAUAGUAAAGAGGAGCCAGUUACGGGACUACUGCUGGCCCGGCUUUUUCUCCAAGGCGGAGUUAGCCUACAAGAAGUACGAACAGCGCGAGAAGUGCCGCGAGGAGCAGGUCUUGGACCGACACCAGAUCUUCUGCAACUCGGUCAAGCUCAAGAAAUUGGCCGAAGUGGAGAAGCCCUAUGUGCCAUGCACCCACUCCUGUCCAAUAAACUGCUUCCAUCGGCGCGGAGUUCCGGCGGCAGACAGCACGGAGUCCUUCGACUACGGCCGCCAUGUGUGCUACGAGGAAACACCGAUGCCGGGUGCCUGCCCCGGUCCCAUGCAAGUAAUCCACAACGAUCCGCUGGAUAAUGGACGCAAGAUUAGCAGUCCGUCCAUUCACCUGCCACCCAUGCCUCCGAUUCCCCCCAAGCAGACUAAUCUGGCGGAUCGAGUUGUUUCGAAAGUUCACGAGCUGAUAAUGACGGCCAAAGACUCCGUCAAGGAAGCGGAGAAUAAAAGGGCUCAAGGAACCCUCUCAAAAGGCACUUCAGUGGCUCAAGUCAGUCCAGAUGCUCCAGCUGCGGCAUCUCCGGCAUCCAGGGGUUCAGAUCCGCCGUUGCCCAAGUCGGUGCCGCCAGUUAGGCGUAAGACUAAGCGUUCCACAGCCAAACGACCAUCACCUCCGCCCACAUGGAACGAUGUGCCGGCACCCAUACCAAAUCGCAAAGGAACUUGGGGCGAUGGAUCACUGCCCCAGCCUGUUAAGGCCAAGCCAAAGACCAAGUAACCGGCAAUCACAAAAGAUUUGGAUUUUAACAAAAUUUACGUUUCAAUAGCUUACUGUAUUGAUGUUGUUCGUUCGCCGCAGCAGAUAUAAAAAUAAAUAAAUGAAGAAAUGGAAAAAGGGA